AUGUUUACCGCAGGUAGAAGCUGCAUUCACACUUAUUAUGACAGAUACAAAGCUAAUGACUAUUUUCGUGUACGUUAUUUUGGGACAGGUAUCUAUAACGAUAUAAGACGCCGUCUUUUAAAAUACUAUGUCUCUGAUAUCAAAGAUGGAUUAACAUAUAGGACAAUUCCUUCAACCAUUUACAUUUUUUUCACAAAUUUAUUACCGGCGAUUGCCUUCGCACAGGAUAUGUUCGAUCACACGAAUAACUCAUAUGGUGUUAAUGAGGUUCUUCUAGCUUCUGCGAUGGGCGGAAUAGUGUUCGGAGUUUUGUCUGGCUCCCCUUUAUGCAUUGUAGGUGUCACUGGUCCAGUCUCUAUCUUCAAUUAUACCGUGUACGAAAUAAUUGAACCAAUGAAUAUACCAUAUUUUCAAUUUAUGUGUUGGAUAUGCUUGUGGUCUAUGGGAUUUCAUUUUAUUCUUGCGUUUACCAAUUCGGUUAAUUUCAUGAGAUUUGUAACGAAGUUCUCCUGUGACGUCUUUGGCUUUUUUAUCAACAUAGUCUACAUUCAAAAGGGAAUCCAAAUUUUAACUCAUCAGUUUGAGCUUGCGGAUCCUGCAAGUGCAUUUGCAUCCAUAGUUGUUGCACUAGUGAUGACAAUAUUUGGCGUGUCUUCACAAUUUUUUGGCUCAAAGUCGCAUUAUCUUCCUCCUCGUAUACGAACUUUCAUCAGAGACUAUAGUGUUCCGUUGUGUGUUGUAUUUUUCACUGGAUUUAUUCAUUUUGGAGGAUAUUUGGAUGAUAUAAAGUUUACAACUUUACCUAUUACCAAAUCAUUUCAUCCAACAGAUACGGUGAACCGCAGACCUGAUUGGUUUAUUCGGUUUUGGGAAGAUAUCAGGGUUAGAGACGUUUUCUUAGCCGUUCCUUUUGCAAUCUUGCUAACCGCAUUAUUCUAUUACGACCAUAAUAUUUCUUCUCUUAUUUGCCAGUCCUCAAAGUUCCCCUUAAAAAAGCCAUCAUCAUUUCAUUAUGAUUUUUUCCUUUUAGGAGUAACUACCGGUGUGGCAGGUCUGAUUGGUAUACCUGCACCAAAUGGGUUAAUUCCCCAAGCCCCGUUGCACACACAUUCUUUGUGCGUAUAUGAACAUGAUUACGAAACCGGUCUGAACAAAAUAACUAGAGUUGUUGAGCAAAGAUUAUCAAAUACUUUUCAGGGGCUUCUUACCCUUGUUAUGAUGACUAGGCCUUUUUUGGUAGUCCUCGGUUUGAUUCCGCAAGCCAUUUUAGCGGGCUUGUUCUGGAUCAUGGCAAUAACGACCUUGGACGAUACAGAUGUUGUGAGAAGGUUGCGGUUUCUUUUCCUUGAUAAAGAGUGGAAACUGAAAUUAUCUAAAAUUAUUAUUCCUGCAGACUAUCCUAUUGAAUACUAUCUUGUGCGGUCUAAGUAUUUUAUUAUCUACUUGAUACUAGAAUUGCUUGCGUUUGCUGGAGAAUAUAGUAUAACCUGCACCAAAGGUGCUAUUGGUUUUCCCGGAGUUUUGAUGCUCAUUUUACUUUUAGUUCCAAUAGUGUUCCCGAGGAUAUUUCCGAAGGAUCAGUUGGACCUACUAGACUCGGAAGCAGCAGACGAGUUGAUCAUGCGAAGUUUGAAACUAAGCAGCUUCAACUUUGAUUAG